AUGGCGGCCGCGACGCGUCUCGCGCUCCUCCCUCGCGUCCUCCGCCGCGUCGCGCCGCGAUGCGCCAUCGCGUCCUCGAGGACUUCGUCGUCCGCGACGACGACGACCGCGGCGGCGACAGCGGCGGCGCGCGCGCGCGCGUCGUCGCCGCCGCCGCCGCGAGCCAUCGUCUGGAAACGUAACAACAACGACCGCGUCGUCCGCCGUGCGUCCUCCUCCUCCUCCUCCUCCUCCUCCUCCUCCUCCUCGAACCCGCCCCCCGUCGAGCUCGGCGGCGUCGACUGCGUCCGCAUCGCGUCCCUCGCCGGCGUCGACGUCGGCGAGCUCGAGGACGCGCUCCUGUCCGCGGGCGCGACGUGCGUCGUCGUCGAGGACGCCGAUCGCGGCACGACGGAGGAGCGCGAGAUCUUCGGCGUCGGCCAGGGCGUGUGGCGCCGAUGCGACGUCACCGCGAUGUUUAAGCCGGGCGCGGACGUCGACGACGUGAUGUCGCGGACGACGGAGAUCCUCGGGCUGGCCCCGGACGCGCUGCGAUACGUCGCGGAGCACGUCCCGGGGGAGGAUUGGGUCAACGUCGUGAAGGAUUCCUUCGCGCCGACGAAGGUGCUGGACGGCGCGUGGAUCGUCCCCGAGUGGUCGCGCGACGCGUCGCUGUCGCGGUGGGGCGCGAGCGACGCGGAGAGCGAGACCGCGCUUCGCGUCGUCUUGGAGCCCGGCCUCGCGUUCGGCACGGGCGAGCACCCGACGACGCGGCUGUGCCUGGGCUGGCUCUGGAGGCGUCGAGAGGUUUUGCGCGGCGCGAAAGUCGUCGACUUCGGCACGGGAAGCGGCGUCCUCGCGAUCGGCGCGCGGCUCAUGGGCGCGACGCGCGCGGUCGGGAUCGACCUCGACCCGAUGUCGAUCAGAGCCGCGGCGAUCAACGCGGAGUUGAACGGGAUCGCGGUCGGCGGGGCGAACGACGACGACGACGGCGACGACUCGUUCGUCCUCGCCGUCGCAGACGGCUCGAGAGACGAGGAUCUUCCCGACGGGCUCCGCGGCGACGUCGACGUCCUCGUCGCGAACAUCCUCGUCGGGCCGGUCGUCGCGCUCGCGCCGCUGUUCGCGAGUUACGUGAAACCGGGGGGCUCGGUGUGUCUGUCCGGGGUGUUGGAGACGCAGACGCCGGCGGUGAUCGAGGCGUACGAGGCCGCGGGGUUCGAGGCGUUGACGCGAGAGAGCGAAGACGGGUGGGCGGUGGUGAGCGGGGUGAGGAAAUAAACGACUGGCACGAUGGCCGCGCGCGGCUGUGCACAGCUGUGCGUCGUCGCGUCGCGCGUCGAUGUCGGGGUACCGUAGUAUCGUAUUCGAGUAGUGUCGAUCGUAGGAGCAGGUGGAAGGAAGGGAAGGGGAGAUUUCGUCGCC